GGGUAUUACUGCACAGAUGCAAAGGGCCUAUGUCCAGGAGCUGUGAGCAAGAAAAAGCUUGCGAGAGUCAGUAUAGGCCAGAGAAGCAUCAGGAAAACCAACCAGUGCAGCAAGUUGAUCAAUCUGUUAAUUACCAGGGAAAUCAGAAAUGCCAGAAGAAAACCACAGCCCAGCAGAUGAUCGUCGUUGGAGAGAAAAAUAACACAUGUACUGUGUGUGAGAAAAAGUUCAGUCAGCGCUCAAAUCUUAUUAGACAUCAGAGAAUCCACACCAGGGAGAAAUCUUAUGAAUGCUGUGAGUGCAGGGAAACCUUCACUCAUCUCUCGCACCUUAUUAGCCAUCGCAAAAUCCACAUAGGGGAGAAACCCUAUGAGUGCUGUGAGUGUGGGAAAACCUUUGCGCAUCAUUCACAACUUGUUAGACAUCGGAGAAUCCACACUGGGGAGAAACCCUAUAAAUGCGGUGAGUGUGGGAAAACCUUUUUUCAGAGUGCAAACCUUAUUAGCCAUCAGAGAAUCCACACUGGGGAGAAACCUUAUGAGUGCUGUGAAUGCCGGAAAACCUUCGCUCAUCACUCAACCCUUACUAGACACCAGAGGAUCCACACAGGGGAGAAACCAUAUGAAUGCUGUGAAUGUGGGAAAACCUUCUCUCACAGCUCAGGCCUUAUUAAGCAUCACAGGAUCCACACAGGGGAAAAACCCUAUGAAUGCUGUGAGUGUGGGAAAUCCUUCACUGAUCAUUCAGCCCUUAUUAGCCAUCAGAGAAUCCACACAGGGGAAAAACCCUAUAAAUGCGGUGAUUGUGGGAAGUCUUUUCCUCGCAGCUUAUCCCUUAUUCAGCAUCAAAGAAUCCACACAGGAGAGAAACCCUAUGAAUGCUGUGAGUGUGGGAAAACCUUUGCUCAGAGUUCAAACCUUAUUACACAUCAGAAGAUCCACACAGGGGAAAAACCCUAUGAAUGCUGUGAGUGUGGGAAAACUUUUGCUCAUCGUUCAACCCUUACUAACCAUCAGAGAAUCCAUACAGGGGAGAAAAUCUAUGAAUGCUGUGAGUGCAGCAAAACAUUUUCUCAGAGCUCGAAACUUAUGAGACAUCAGAGAAUCCACACAGGAGAGUGAGCCUAUGAAUCAGUGGUCCCCAACCUUUUGGGGCUGCCAGACACCCGGGGGCGGGGGCUGCGCAUGCGCCAAGCACCUAGGGUGCAAGAAUGGCUCGGGCCGGCCCUGGUCACUAGGCGGGCUCACAUAAAUGUCCCGGUGGGCACUAUGGCGCCCGUGGGCAUUGCACUAGGGACCACUGCUAUGAAUAUUAUCAAUGUGGCAAGUUCUUAUAUCAGAACUCAGCCUUUAUUUAUAAUUAGAGAAGGGUACGAGAGAGAGAGAGACCAUAAAAACCCUGUAUAACACACAGAAGGAGCAGGAUUAGAGAGAGAACCAGUUUUUUUUUUUUUCAACCUCUGUGAUACCUGAAGUGGUAACUCAGAGAGUUUCCCACCUUCUGAAUUGCUCCAAUAGUGUUUCCUUUCUUUACACCAUGUAGAAUAUAUGUUCUCACUUUCUACACAUCCACCUCUCAAUAAGUUACAUGACUCAGUGUUCUCAGCCAUCUUCUUGGGAAUCACACUUUGUUUUAUUUGAUCCUAAAACAUGGUAAUUUAGAGCAUGAGAAGAUAGUGUCACUGAACCGGAAGGGGUGUUUGAAUGGGUCUCAAAUACAGAAUAAUCUGGAGUUUAUAUCCCAUUUUCUAACUAUUGGCAAAACCUCUUCUGGUAUUUUUCCCAUUGAGGUGGGAUUCUCUGAAGAUGAAAAGGGUAUGUGUGUGUGUGUGGGGGGGGGGGGGGUCCUUUUAAAAU